AUGUUACAGUAUCAACCUCGUCCCAUACCUAUAAUCAACAAGACUCUUCCUACAAACGCCACCUCUCUGCUCGUCAUCGCGUGGCUUGCCCUGACACUCUUUUACAACCUUUACCGCAUGCCAUUGAACUUCUUCUACCUCUUCGUCUUCGCCGACCGGUGCGGCAUUAUCUUCAUAGCGAACCUACCUUUGCUAUACCUUCUCGCUGCAAAGAACCAACCUAUCAAGUUUCUGACAGGAUACUCCUAUGAAAGCCUGAACAUCUUUCAUCGCAGAGUGGGCGAGGUUAUGUGCCUCGAGGCAUUCCUGCAUUUCGCGGGUAUGUUUGCAGUUUGGUACGGUUUACUGCGACAUCUUGGCUUCACGUUGAUUAAAUUCAUCUUCAAUCGUGUUGUCCUACUAGGGUUGGGUGCGUUUAUCGCAUAUGAAGUCAUCUACUUCACGAGUCUAGGAAGUUUCAGGAAGAGGUGGUACGAAGUCUUCCUCGGGCUGCAUAUCGUUCUACAGGUCGCUGGCCUGGUCUUUCUCUGGUUCCAUCACUACACUUCGCGGCCAUAUGUCGGCAUAUCCCUCGCGGUUUUCCUCAUUGACCGCAUCUUGUAUCGCAUGUGGCUCAAGUCCUCCACGCACCCAGCCACUCUUACGGUCCUGGAAGACGAUGAAACACUGCUCCUCUCUGCGAACUGGGAAGUCGACACCAGCAACAAAACCGCCCUGGUUGCAGCAAACAUGAAGAACGGAUGGGAACCAAAUCAACACAUCUUCAUCUCCGUUCCUUCUCUAUCGCGCAAACAAGCCCUUCAAUCGCAUCCAUUCACCAUCUUCUCCGCUGCACCAACAACCACUCCAGAAUCCGAGACACAUGAAGGCAAGAAACACGCAUGGUUCUCACUCCUCAUCCGCGCCCAAGGCCCAUCCGGCUUCACCCACCAACUCCUCCAACACGCACGCACAAACCCAACAACCCGCAUCCGCCUCGACGGCCCCUACGGCUCUCUCCACGCCCUCCACAUCCUCCAAUCAUCCUCCACCGCCAUCCUCAUCGCCGGUGGCUCCGGCAUCGCAGUCGCAUACCCGCUUCUCUACGCGCUCCUGCGCCCCACCGACCCCGAAUCCCCAUCCACGCUCAAAGUCAAACUCCUCUGGAUCACGCACGCCCCGUCUCACCGCCUCUGGGUGCCGGAGGACAAGAUGAACGAGCUAGAGGAAUGGGGACUGGAUUUGAUGAUUACGCCGCCGACAGAGAUUGCUGGGCGUCCGGAUGUGGGGGAUGCGCUAAGGGGGUGGGUGGGUGAGGAUGAGGGGAGUAAAGGGGUGGUUGUGAGUGGGCCGGAAGGACUGGUUAGGGAUGUGAGGAAUAUUUGUGCGGGGAUGGUGAGGGUGGGGAGGGAUGUAAGGGUACAGGUGGAGAAAUUUGGGUGGUGA